CCUAUACCUGCCUACUACAUGAACUCUAUAAAAACGGCCGGCAUCGGGUCCCUGGUACUGCAGUAGUCGUUCGGCCAGCAUUUCAUUCUAAUCGACGUUAUCGUUCUUAAUUUUUCGUCUUCAACUCCCUAUCAUGAGAUCUUACAGUCUUACACGACGCGUCACGAAGGUUUGUUAUUAAUCAUUAUUAAUAAUUUUAUAAUUUUUAUUAUACUAUAAUUAUUAUUCCUUUCUUUUUUAAUUUCAGAAAUACUUUUAGGUGGUUUUAGUAGUUUAUUAGAUGUAGUAACAGUAUUAGAAGCACUAAAAUAUUGGUGUUUAAUGUUUUGGGAUAAUUGAGUUAAGAUUAGGACAGAGAACAAUGUGAUUAUUUCGGUAUACUAUUCUUAAAAAAAGGGUUGAUCCUGGUUCGAAUGCAUCAUUGUUGUAGAUGGGAACACGGAAAAGUAGAAUAUUUAAAGUUAUUUAAUGUAUACCUGAAAGCAACGGUUAACCAUUGCUAACUUCACUCAAGUUAAUUUUUUCACUACGUAUAGCUUAUAAAGAACUUUUUGUUAAAUCCUCAAGCUUUUCUAUUCAGUCCUACAAUUGUAUUCACAGAAUACCUACAGAAUACAAUUUACGUGAACGACUUUCAAAAUUAAAAUUUUUAAGAAACGAUCACAAAUGAUUUAAAAAUUGUAUUAUUUCUAGAAAAUGCAAAUACAAGUUUCCUGUUUAAAUUUCAAGUUUCUACGAAUAAUUUUACCUACUUACAACAAAAAAACGAAAUUUAAAAUAAUAAAAACAUUAUUUUCAUUGAUUUUUUUUUUUUAUCCGUGAUUUUCUCAGAUAUUAUGAAAAUCAUAAAUUAAUUACCUAAAAGUACCACCUGGACAGUAUUUUCUUUCAUGAAUUGUGUCACACUUACAUAACGAAGAAAGAUUUCUGGUAGAAUUAUGCUAUAUCAUAAUAAAUCAAGUACUAAUCUAAUACACCAAAUAGACAAAAUUAUCUCUCAAAAACUUCUUCUGUUAUUGGAUGACGGAUUAAAAAUAGUUAUUAAAAACUAAAUAAGACUCUGAACAGAGCGAGUGUAUAUUCUAACAGAAUUCCUGCUCCAGUAUGUACGGGCGGUACCAUUUCUGAAAGAAAUAUUUCCUAGAUGGUACUUUAGAAAAGUCGCAAAAAAUGUCUUUUCCAAGCGGUUUUCUAAAUUUCUGGGAAUAACCCAGGAUAAAACUUAAGCAAAACCGGUUAUUUACGAAAAUGAUGCUUUUAUAUAUUAUUUAAAAUUUUGUUUUGUUAUUUGUUGUAAUUCAGUUCAAAAAAUUUUUAGAGGACUUGAAAUUUGGACAAAAAACAUAAAUUGAAGUGAUGGUAAAAUUUGUAUAAAUGUUUAGCCAUUAUCGAGCUAUUAAGAAAUUCUAGUUUUGCGACUUUUGUACGUAAUUUUUAUUUGGUAGGUUCUCUGUAGACAAAUUAUUAGAUUCAUCAGAUUCAUUAAAAGUCGUAUUUGGUGUUCUGAAAAUAAAAAAUGAGUUUUAUGUACGCAGUAUUUUUUUUCAUUGUAAGAGUUCUAAAAUCAAACUUUGACGACAAUUGUAAAUAUCAGAGGUCACCUGUGGGGGAAAGGGGUGACUUUAAAACUAAAAUGGCCUUCUAGAUUCCGAGUGUAGUAAGGGAUCUAAUGGUUUUACUAUGAUAUUUAUUUUUUUCUUCUUUCUUUUAGUCUGUGGACAUGUUUUUUUCCAUUAAACUUGCUCUGAUCUUUACGUGUAGACUUCUCUGAAAGCACAAGUUGUCUAGAUGGUACUUUAGAUUCAAGUUAUCUUUUUGUUAUACGAUGCAUUUUUAAAUAAAAUCGCAUAUUAAGGAAAGAACGUAGGAAAACGUACAAUUUCACGAUUUCAUUAUUUUAUAAAAACACAAACGACGUUUUUUACUAAAAAAUAUGUUUCAUUUAAAAAAUCACAAGAUACCUUGUUUGUUGUUUUUUUGAUUUAAUUUCUCACGGUAUUAUCUUCAACAUUUUUGAAUUCGAAUUUAAACGAAAAUCUCAAAAAAUAUUACGACAUUAAAUCAUGUAUUACCGCACUACAAUCGGAGUCGUCUUUCGUCAAACAAUGGUUUCUCGUUACUGACAGAUAUUAAUGUUAUAGUCUUAUGUAUUCUACCAUCCCAACUUCUUACCUACAACAGUGGCGGUUUUUAUCCCUAGUAUUAGCUCUCUUUUGCUAUUUAACCUGUAUGAGAGGAUAUUAUUCGUAUUGAACGAGGCGUAUAAUAUAUUAAUAUAAAAUUUGUGCGUAAUUAUAAAAUCAUUGGUUUUAUUAAAUAUGGAUAAGUUAAUGUGCGUUCUGCUGUUUUCCAACAUAUUCCGUGACAAUUAAUAAUUUAUUAUUAGGGAUUGAACGAUUUCCGCCGAUAAUUAAUCAAAUAAUCCGAAUAAUAAGAAUCAAAUAUAAAUUAAAAACAUUUCUGAAAUUAAAACAUGAUUAAUUAUUUGUAUAGAAUUUAUGAGACAGUGUGCAUUUUUCUAUUUUAUGUAAAACUUAUUUGUUUAAGUUAUUUUCGUUGAUUAUAAAAUAAUAAGAAUAAUGAUAAUUUGAAUAAAUGCAUGUGUUCGGGCGAUUCACCCCACCGCUCCCUUUCGUGGAUUCGCGUUUGUAAUUACUUUUAGAUAGUACCUAAUAAAUAAAAAUUAUUUUCAAAAUUGAAAUAUCUUUAAUAUAUUUAAAAAUAGCUCAAAUAGUUUGAAAGUUUUACCAAGUCUAGAAAAAGCAAAUAUUAAUUUUCUGUUCAAAAUGUAAGUUUUUGUGAAUACUGUAAACUGAAAAUCAUUUGAAAACAAAAUUUCAAAUAAUUAGAUAAUUCAUUUAUAACUUUCGUAAAUUUCCUGGUUCCUUCUUCAUAUUUUUCAAUUUUACUCAAUUUUUAGUAAAACUUAAAAGAAAAUCAAAAAUUCAAUCACACGGUCACCCACACAAUUCAACAAAAAUGAUUUCUUCUCGUUGAUCUGUAGGAGCAAUAUUUAUGUUAGAAAUGUCGUAUAUUUUAUCUUUUUACUUUUAUAUUUAUAUUAAGACAAUUUGUGUUUGUUAUUUUUUUUUUUAUAGAUAAUUGUUUUAUUCAUUGUGGCCCUUAUUGUGAUUCAACAAGCGUCAUGCAUACCGAUGCCAGGAAAAAACAAAAAAAAAAAUGAUUCGGAAUAUAAAAAAGACCACAGUGCCGGUCACAGUCACAAUAACCAUUCUCAUACAGAUUAUCAAGGGAGUACAUAUUACACUAAUGGCGAUGCUCAAUGGGAUUCACAUGGACGAAGGGUUGGCAACGAUAAGAAAUCAGGCCACCACGAACGUUACCAAACACCACAGGAGGGUGGUUCAUUUGUAGGAUUUGAAUAUGACGCAUCUAAUUUUUAACCAUGGUCAUUUGAUCUAUGUUCACAUUCAUUGAUGUCACGAAUAUUAUAUCCAUUCAGGCAAUAUUAAAAAUAUCCACUCAUCCACACAUAAGAUUAAAACCAGCCAGUGAAUAAUUUGUUUCUUAUUUUAAAAAAAGAUAUAUUUAUAUAUUAUAUUCAUAAUAAUAAUAAAAUAUUUAAUAUUGAACAUAGUUAUAAUUUAUGAAAAUAAUAGAGAUUUGUCCAUCAAAGCUGAUAAUUAGUUUACUGCUUGAUAAGAGCAAACUUUAUAGUUUUAUUAUUGGGAUAUUACGGAACCCUACCAAAACUCAAUAAUUUUAACUUAUGAUAAGUAGCGUUAUGCUUCAGCAAAUGUUAUAUUGCGUUGAAUAUAAUGCUUCAUAAGCUAAGAAUACAUUUAGAAAGUCUGCAGUUUAUUUUAAUUGUAAUAAGAGUUGUAAUAUAGAUGCUGCACUUAAUUUGGUGCUUAUAUAAAUAAAAGUAGUAGCGGUUAUUGUUUUUCGUAAUUUGUAUUAAUUUACUAUUUAUUGCUACAUUCUUGGACAUUGUAUAACGUCGU